AUGUACUCAAGCUAUCUUGAGGAGUAUCACGGUGCGCUGACCGAAUUCCACACACGUAGCUUCAACCUGUUCACCACUCAAGUCUCUCGUGAUCCAGCGUGCGUGGAAUUUUUGGUUGGCUCCAGCAUUCGCAUUUGGGUUUCCGAAAACCACCCGGCCAUUCUAUUUACGUGUACUGAUGUAUUCAUGAGAAAUAAUCUGCUCUAUACUGGCAACCGACUGGUGGGUGGCCUAUGCCACAUCCGGAUAUGGUCAAAAAAGAUAAAUGUAUUGAAAAUUUGCCUACUGCCGAAUUCUGUGAGCGGUGGAUUAAACGGUCUCAGCAAUGUGGUUAUGAAUGUGCCGUUGGCCGAUCGAAGUUAA